AUGAGUCCAAUUCUUUUGAUUCUUAUAGCUUUGUUGAAUGACGCUGCCACUUUAGUCAUAGCUGUAGAUAAUGCAAAGAUUUCAUCAAAUCCUGACAAAUGGAGACUUGGACAAUUGAUUACUUUGUCAUUGGUGUUAGGUGUACUUUUAACAGCUCUUUCAUUUGCGCAUUUCUAUAUUGCAACUCAUGUUUUUGGAAUUGAUAAAGAAGACGAGAGAUUAGAGACUAUCAUGUAUUUACACAUUUCAUCAGCUCCACAUUUUGUCAUUUUCUCAACUAGAUUAUCGGGAUACUUUUGGGAAAAUUUACCAUCACCAACUUUCUUCAUAGCUGUAAUGGGUACUCAAGUAUUUGCUAUGUUCAUCUCAAUUUAUGGUGCCUUAACUCCUGCUGUUGGAUGGGGAUGGGGUGUUGCCGCAGAUAUUGUCUUAUUGGCUCCUGGUCUUUCCACAAUUGUUGAUGGUAUUAUUACAUCACGUGCAAUCUUUCAGCGUAUGAGAUCUUAUGCUUUGUAUCGUAUCACCUCCACCGUUCAUUUCUUAAUUUUCUUUUUCUUCAUCACACUGAUAGAGGACUGGGAGAUGAGUCCAAUUCUUUUGAUUCUUAUAGCUUUGUUGAAUGACGCUGCCACUUUAGUCAUAGCUGUAGAUAAUGCAAAGAUUUCAUCAAAUCCUGACAAAUGGAGACUUGGACAAUUGAUUACUUUGUCAUUGGUGUUAGGUGUACUUUUAACAGCUCUUUCAUUUGCGCAUUUCUAUAUUGCAACUCAUGUUUUUGGAAUUGAUAAAGAAGACGAGAGAUUAGAGACUAUCAUGUAUUUACACAUUUCAUCAGCUCCACAUUUUGUCAUUUUCUCAACUAGAUUAUCGGGAUACUUUUGGGAAAAUUUACCAUCACCAACUUUCUUCAUAGCUGUAAUGGGUACUCAAGUAUUUGCUAUGUUCAUCUCAAUUUAUGGUGCCUUAACUCCUGCUGUUGGAUGGGGAUGGGGUGUUGGUAUCAUAGGAGUUUCAUUGAUAUACUUUGUAUUUUUAGAUAUUGUUAAAGUUGCUAUAUUUAAAUAUUGGUCAUUUGAAUUAACAGCAAGAUUAUGGCCAUCAAAAGCUCAUAAAACCAAGUUAAGUGGUCGUAAAUCAGAUGCUUUAUAUCAAGCCAGAAUUUCUAAAAGUGUUGCAAAAGUACGUAAAGUUCUUUUAAUUUGUAAAGUUUUAUUGGCUUUUGAACAAGCAAAGAAAUUAAGCACAAAGAAAGCUAUUGCUGGACCAUCGACAUCAUCAUAA